AUGGCGCCGUUUCUCGUCAUGACUGAGUACUCGCCAAUGUCGUGCCUUGCCGCCGCUGCCGGUGCUGUUGUCGCGUUUCAGCUUCUCAGGGCUGUGUACAUGCUCUACUUUCAUCCGUUGUCCAAAUUCCCCGGCCCGCGCUCUGCCGCUAUAGGCCGCCAAUGGCAGGCAAAUAUUGUCAAGAAGGGCUUUCCCGAGAAGGAAUACGAAAAGCUUCAUAAGCAGUUUGGCACAAAAGCGCUGCGCAUCGGACCGAAUCACCUCCAUAUCUCAGAUUCAAGCCUUUACAAGGUUAUAUACAGUCAGGCCAAUCCUUUUCCCAAGGAGCAAGCUUUCUAUGAUACCUUUGAGUCUCAUCACACAACCUUUAGCGAGACUGAUGCGCAGUUGCACAAACAGAGACGCAAGUUGCUAAGCCCUCUCUUUUCCAAGUCAGGAGUGAGUAAACUGGAACCACUUAUCCUGGAGAAAGUAGAAGAGACCAAAGAAAAGGUCAACCGUAUCUCUAAACAUGGCCCCAUCAAUAUGUGGCCUGCCUUUCGAUGCAUGACAGUUGACAUCAUCUCCGAGUUCUCGUUCGGAACUUGUAUCAAUAUGAUUAACGAGGACCCAGACACCUUCAAUUCCGAGUAUCUCAAAGCCAUGGAAGUGGCCUCAGCUCUGCCCUUUCUAAGAUACUACAGCACCAUGCAAUGGCUCUUGGCGAAGUGUGUUCCUAUUUCCGUCGCUGUUAACUUCAGUCCAAUUUUGAGGCAGACUAAGAAAAUGGUUGGAAUAAUAGUCGACUCGUAUCAUAACUAUGCUCAGCGAACAACCAAUUCUCGCUUCCCGGUUCUUUUUGAUAACUUGCAGGCAUUACCUGCCGAUUCACAGAAGGCUGAGGCCAUAAAUACCUUUAUCGCUGGGUCCGACACGACCGCCUUUACCCUCGUCACAGCACUGUACCACAUUCUGCGCUUACCGGAGGUCGAGAAAACACUGACAGCAUCAUUGGAUGAAGUGUUUGGAGGGUCCCAAUCCGUCCCGUCGCUUGUUCAACUUGAGCAGACCAAAUACUUGCGCGCAUGUGUCAACGAAGCUCUCCGUCUCGCAAUGUCGGUACCUGGCGUGCUCCCUCGUGUCGUGCCCAAACGAUCGCAACCGUUUGUUAUAGACGGUAAAGUGGUACCUCCAGGUACGGUUGUAGGAAUGUCGGCGUAUACGAUGAACACAGAUCCGCAGAUUUGGGGCCAGGAUGCCCACUCCUUCAACCCAGCCCGUUGGCUCGGUCCGAACGCGAAGGAGCUUGAGACACACAUGUGUACUUUCAGCAAAGGCGCUCGCCAGUGCAUUGGAAUAAAUGUCGCAUACGCGGAGGCUACGAUCGCCCUGGCACAAUUCUUCUACCAUUUCAAGAUGGAGCUGAAGACGAAGGAGUUACGUGUAGUAGAUAAAUUCACCAUCGAAGCGCCAGAGCCGGGGUUACUAGUAGACUUCAAGCUGCGACAACACUCUUAA